AUGCAAAGAUCACCGCCUCGCAGGGGCACUAAAUUUGGUUCCAACUACCUGAAACUUGGCUCUCAAUUGGCGAACAUCAAGGAGGUAUUCAGACGAGCUGAUACUGAUGCAAAAGGCUACUUGACCAGGAAGGACUUCAAAAUUGCUCUAGUAGGCUUGCUGGCAUAUGUGCCAUCAAAAUUUGAAAUUGAUCAAAUGUUAUCGUCUAUAUCCAGAUCAGAGACAGGCAACGGGUACGUCUCUCUAGAAGAUAUGAAGAAGGUGGUACAUCAUCACGCUUCAUUUAUUCCUGAAAUGGUCAUUGAGCAAGCGUUUGCUUCUGCUGAUCUCGAUGGGGACGGCCGAUUAUCAUAUCGAGAGUUCUCAAGUAUGGUAGCUCGAGCAGAAGCUAUUUGGAGGACUGAGGACUCUGUCUCUCAUACAGGAGUGACGUGA